AUGAAAGACAAUGAAAAAAUUCAAAGGACCUAUGGCGGCGGCACGGAGAGUGCCAUAUUGCCACAUAAAGGAAACGCAUCAAAUGCUGGUGGAAAUCAAAAUGCUGGUAGAAACCAAAAUCCACCAGUGGAUCCAAAUGCCACUGCUUCAAUGACAGAAUAUGGCUAUGUAUAUCCUACGGCCAACGUACCAGUACGUCGUCCGUAUUAA